GUCAAGCUUCCAAUCAUUCCGUAGGUCAAGCUUCCAAUCAUUCCGUAGGUCAAGCUUCCAAUCAUUCCUCUGCAAGCUCGGGACAAUUAACGUUCACAGGUAUCAGUUUGACCGUCUGGAAUCAAUUUAAGCAAAUUUUUGAUCAUAUCAUGACCGAAAAUAAUUAUAUGGAGGAGAUGUGUCUUUCUGUAGCUAUGGACAUUCGUUCAUUGGGAGUAAAUAUUAAGAAGGCGACGGUACAAGGGUUUUAUGAGAGAAAUAUUAAAAAGAAGAAUGAUUUGUCACGCGUCCAACGUGGAUUGAGAGCGGAGGAUCCAUUACCUGAUGGG